UACCGAUACUUCGAAUAAAUUGCGGACGUUUAUUUCCGCUCGUGUAACUAGUGUACGGAAAUUUCAUAUUUUAGCGCGUAUAAGAAAAGCUAAAUUCGCGAAUAUGGCAUCACAUUACGAAAAAGUAGUUUUAUGUCGUGGUUUGUCGGAAAAGAAUGAUUCACAAGGGGCUUAUGUAAAAAUAUUGCAAAUGGCAGGUUAUUCGUGUGACUGUUUACCUACUUUGUGUUUCGAAUUUGUGAAUAGAUCGGAGCUGAAGACCUGUCUUCUGUCGUCUUCUUCAUAUUACGGACUUAUUUUGACCAGUCGACGUGCCGUAGAAGCAAUUGAAUUUGCUACAAAUGAAGAUAAUGACAUUUUACAACCCUGGAAAACUUUGCCAGUGUUUUGUGUAGGGCCAGCAACUGAAUACUUUGCCCAAAGUCACUUAGGUUCAGAAAACUGCUUUGGUAAAGAAACUGGCAAUGCGAAAGAGUUAGCAGAGUUAUUAGUCACCUCUGUUGCAAAGGAAUCUAAGCCUUUAUUGUACCCAUGUAGUGAAAUUGGACGCGAAACAAUUGAAAAGACUCUUAAUGAAAAUAACAUAAAAGUUCACAGGAUAGUUGUUUACAAAACUUUGCCCAGUAAAAAUUUAGAACAUGAUUUAUUGAAAUUCAUGGAUAAUGUGCCCAGAAUAUUUGUUUUCUUUAGUCCAUCUAUAGUACAAUAUAUAGUAGAUUUAUUGAACAAAAAAUCUUACAAUAUGAAUAAUAUAAAAGCAGUUGCUAUCGGACCUGUGACUAGGCAAGCAUUACUUGAGGCUGGUCUUAAACCUUUUGCUACUGUAAACAAACCUGAACCAACAUCUUUGUUGGAUGCUAUUAAUGAUGCUGAAAAGGGUGAACUUGGUGAAAAGACUGAAUGA